UUGUUUUGCAAUUUUAAAUAUUUGACGUAGACUCUUGCAUACAUUUUUUACAAAAAAAACUUGCAAAAAUAAUUCCGGUUGCAGUUUGCCCGAAUUAGUUGCAUACAAUGUUUUUGCAUAACAGGAGUCUGUGCAAGGUGGCAAGCAAUGUUGCGAAUUGCGCCACGAGCAACGUUCGCUUCAGCAGCCAGAAGCCAAAGACUGCAAUCCUCAUGCUGAACAUGGGCGGACCUCAGCACACGGAUCAGGUGCACGACUAUCUGCUGCGCAUCAUGACGGAUCGCGAUAUGAUACAGUUGCCAAUACAAAGCCGACUCGGUCCGUGGAUUGCGCAGCGUCGCACACCAGAAGUGCAAAAGAAAUACAAAGAAAUUGGAGGCGGAUCACCCAUAUUGAAGUGGACGGAGCUACAGGGCCAGUUAAUGUGCGAGCAACUGGAUAAAUUAUCUCCAUCUACGGCACCGCACAAGCAUUACGUGGGCUUCCGCUAUGUUAAUCCCUUGACAGAGAACACGCUUGCACAAAUUGAAAGUGAUAAGCCGGAACGUCUAGUACUCUUUUCACAAUAUCCGCAAUACAGCUGUGCCACAUCCGGCUCGAGCUUCAACUCAAUCUUCACUCACUACCGAAACAACGCACUGCCCGCUAACAUCAAAUGGAGCAUUAUCGAUCGCUGGGGCACACAUCCGUUGCUCAUCAAGACCUUUGCGCAACGCAUACGCGAGGAGCUGGCGAAGUUUGUGGAGACCAAACGCAAUGAUGUAGUAAUACUCUUUACGGCGCACUCGCUGCCGCUGAAAGCAGUGAAUAGAGGUGAUCCGUACCCUUCUGAAAUCGGUGCUAGCGUGCACAUGGUAAUGCAGGAGUUAGGUCAAACCAAUCCCUAUAGCUUGGCCUGGCAGUCAAAGGUGGGACCGUUGCCCUGGCUGGCGCCAGCGACAGAUGAUGCCAUCAAGGGAUAUGUCAAACAGGGUCUCAAGAACUUCAUACUUGUGCCAAUUGCCUUUGUCAACGAGCACAUAGAAACGCUGCACGAGCUGGACAUUGAAUACUGUGACGAACUGGCUAAAGAGGUGGGCGUUGAGGAAAUACGUCGCGCUGCUGCGCCCAAUGAUCAUCCACUGUUUAUAAAUGCAUUAAGCAGCAUCGUGGCUGAUCAUCUGAAGUCUGAACAGCCGGUUAAUCCCAAGUUCUUAAUGCGUUGCCCAAUGUGCACCAAUAAUCGCUGCCGCGAAAGCAAAAAAUGGUAUCAGCAGCUGUGCGCCCAACGAGCUGCCAUUUAAUUUAUAUGAUAUUCACAUAAUACACCAGCAGUAAUGCAUUUCAAGUGAUUUAGCUUCAAGCUAUCAAUGCAAUUUUCAUCAAGUUAUCAAUUGUUUCGCUUAUAAGCAUUUCAUUAAGUGGGUUCCGGGGAUAUCGACUGCAAUCGAUUGCGAGUCCAUUUGAGCAAUAAAAAAGACACUGCAUAAACAAACAACAACCGUUUUCUUUU